GAGACGACGAAGGCGAGGGGUCCGUAUCUGUUUCCCAGCGAAGGCGAAUUCUCUGUCCUCUUUUUCAACAUAUUUUCCAGCAGAGUCUCCCGCAGAAGAUCUGCGAGUCUGCACUUUCGCCCCCUUCCUCUCUGGGGUGCACUGCGUCUUUGUUUCCAACUAAAAAGUUUCUCUUGGACGAGGAAUCGCGGAAGAAGCGCAACUGCUUCUUUGCCUCUCUUUUCCCCUCUGCUUCGUUGCCUCCUUGUUUCUUUCUGUCUCCUUCUCCUUCCCCUUUCUCUGCUUCACCUCUCCUUCCCUGUUCUCUUCCGUCUCUCUGCUUCUCCCCGCUUGCUUCUAUCGCCGCUUCUCUUUGCCUUCCUCUCUCGCCGUCUUUGUCGUUACUUGUUCUUCUCUCUCCUGAAUCUCGAGGAGGACCUCGCCUUUGGGCUCUUCCGUCUCCUCCUCCCCGUCUUUGCUUUGUCUUCGCUCUCCCCACUUGCUCCUUUCCUCUUUCUUCUGUUCUGUGUUUGCAUCUUCUGCGCGCUUGGGAGCUUUUUCUCUUGGGCUGCGCUUCGGCCUCUUCUUCGCCGCAGAAGGUCUCUUUGUUUCCAGGAAAGCUGAAGAGUUUCUUCUGCGGCCCUCCCUGUCGUCGAGUUCUCUCAUCCGGCGUUCCUUCUCCUCUCGCUUCCUUGGAGUCGUCGUCUCCCUCUCCUUCUCUCUCUCGGUCGCCUCGUGUCUGCUUUUCUCUGUGUUCACUGCGUCGCCUUGAGAUCCAGAGGCAAGAAAACUUCCCUUGCGUCCUCUCCGCCGUCUGGCAGCUGAGGCGCAGAUCGGCGCGGGCGUCGUCUCCCUUCAGGACCAAGGAGCGAGGCGCAGAAGAAGAGACAGGCGUCGCAUCGGCUUUUCUCUCGAAACGAACACAAAGGACAUGGAGGGACAUCAGGACCAAGUGGGGGCAGCGAAGCUCAGAGAGGAGCAGGCAGGAGCUGAUGAAAACUCGAAGAAGCCGAGACGAACGCGAUGGGGAGCUCCAGCCGCCGACCAGACGUCGGCUUCCUCCCCCGCUGCUCCUGCGGCGGCUGCUGGCGCCGCGGCGCUUCCGCCUUCGCUGUCGUCGUCCCUGCAGGCCGCGGCGGGUGCGGCGCGACAGGCACUGGAGAAGGCAAAGCGAGCGGCGCUGAUUCAGAAGCAGAUCCAGGAGCAGCUGAAGGCCUGUCAAGGCCUGGAGGCGACUCAGCGCCCGCGCGGCCCUGCCGCAGCCGCUGCGGAACUGACUGGCGAGAAAGCCGGCGCGGCUUCCUCCGUCGCAGCCGCGCAAGCCACGGCGCUGGCCGCGGCCGCGAAGGCGAAGCGCGACCAGCUCGGAGCCGCGGCGUCCGCGGGAGGCGAGGCGCAGCCGCUGACGCUGCGCGCGCUGUUGGGCGUAGCGGAAAGCAGGCAGGAGGUGGGCGCGCCGGUGGCGGAUCCAAGCGAACGCCAGAGGCAACUGUUUGUGAUGCUUCACGAGCAGCAACUGAAGAAGAAGCAGGAGGCGGAAGAGGCGGAGAAGCUCAAGCAAGAAAAACUGGCAGCCGCCCUCAAGGCGCGGCCCCGACCUUUGCGCUUCGACCAGUUCGGUAGAGAAAUCGACGAAGAAGGAAAAGUCGUUCCCCUCCAGAAACGCACCAUCGUCAGCGACCUCAAAAUCAACCGCAGAGCGCAGAACGAAGGAAAGAUUGAAGAGGCAGCGAAGGCUUUAGGUGCUGCUGCUGGAGUCCGGGAAACUGUUAUCGAGGACAUCACGGAGCAGCCUUGGUUUGACCCGUCGAUUCCGGUCAAGACGGCCCGAAACAAGAGGAAGAGGAAGGCGCUCGAGUUCGUGGAGGCUGGGCGUUACAUCCAGCAGGAGCAGCAGAUGCUCCACCACCAUCACGUGAUGGAGAAGAGGGCCGAACGAGAGCGAGAGCGAGAGCACGGCGGCGAGAGUCAAAGCUUGAAGGGCAGACCCGCAGGCGACGGCACGCAUGCAGACGCCCAGUGUUCCGCACCAGCUGCGGGGUCUCCUGUUCAGAAGGAGGAGGACGAACAGACCCCGGAGUUCUCGGCGAAAAUUUGGGCCGCGCAGCCACCUAGCGUCGAACCGUGGGAUGCGUGUAUCCUCAAGGUGGACGCCUCCCGUCCGGACGAGAUUCUUCCUCAGGAGGACGCCUUAGACAACCUUGUGGAGCACCCCGUUCCUGUGAGGCCUGUGCUCGACGCGUCGACAAAUGUCAUCAUCAACAUGUAUCUGACCAAACAAGAACGAAAGAAGCUGCGGCGUCGGAAGCGUCAGGAGAAGGAGAGAGAAAAACAAGACAAAAUACGCAUGGGCCUCAUGCCGCCGCCGCCUCCGAAAGUGAAGCUCACCAACUUGAUGAGGGUCCUUGGAGACCAGGCUGUCGCAGACCCUUCGAAAGUCGAGAAGGAGGUGCGAGAACAAAUGGAGAAGCGACUGAAAGACCACGAAGCGCGGAACGAAGCCCGCAAGCUCGCGCCGGAAGUCCGCAGCAAAAAGCACGCAGCCAAAUGGCAGAAGAAGCCCCACAGCGGGGAGUUCCACGUACUCCUUUUCUGCCUCAAAGACCUAACCAACAAACGGCAUCUGUACAAAGUGGACAUCAACGCGCAGCAACUCCACCUGGCAGGCGUCGCAGUCAUUUGCCCCAGUUCUCUUAAAACUAUUGUUGUUGUCGAAGGUUCGCUGAUCUCCAUCAAGAGAUUUCGCAGCCUCAUGAUGAGGCGCAUCAAGUGGCGCGAACUGGAAGGCAGCACAGCCGUCAACGACGACGAUGACGAUGAAGACGAGAAGCCGGAAGCAGACGACGAGAGCUGCUGUCUUGUUUGGCAGGGCACAGUGCGAACAAACAGCUUCUCCGGAUGGAAAAUCCACCGCGUAGCUGGCGAGGCAGAUGGGAGGAAAAUCUUCAAACUCGCGCAUGUGGAGCACUACUGGGACAUGGCACAAAAGUACCGUCACGUGAGCAACGAUCUGUAGAAAUCGUUUUUCUAUGAAGAAGAUCGGCUCGCUUUUUCAAAGACCCAAGGCGACUUGCUUCCCUUCGGCGAAUUCUUUUCAUCUUUCACCGAGUUCCCUGCAUGUCUGUGUUCGCGCGACGGCGUUUUAGCGUGGACUGAAACUGCUCAACGUCGCCUGCUACGUUUUCGUGUGCUGAGGUAUCCGGUGGAUAAACCUUUCCUCUGCAGACUUUCAGUUUCUUGGACAAGUGCCACAACUUUGAUGUUUCUUUCCUGCAAAAGUCCUUCGAGCUGUCUCGCGAGUCACGCAACUGCCUAAGAAACCUAGAAUGUUUUCUCCCAGACACAUUGCCGAAAGAUGCGCUGUUUCCUCUGUAUUCCUCUCCCUUUUCCAUGUUACCGCUCUUUCUCUAGCUUUCAUCAUCUCUCUCUCGUGUUCCUUCUCCCUUCCUCUCCUAUGUAGUUCCAUCUCUCCUUUUUCCUUCUCUUUUUCUCACUCUCCUCCCCAUCUUUUGCUCUCUCCUUCUCUUUCUACCUUUGCUUGCCUGUCCUUGGCUCCACCCUUUUAGCUCUUUCCCCCCAGAUCGUGAUCUUUCUUUCUCUUUUCUCUGUCCUCGACCUUUAUUUUAUCCCCUCCUCCGUCUUUCCUUCCUUCCAGU